AUGAACGUCGCAUCGACGUCAAGGAGUGUGCUUGGUUUCGUGCACACUGGCACGCGAAGCUUGGCAUCGUCAGCAACCAGCAGCACAAGGAUUCGCGCGCGCGUGCCACCACCCGCUCUGUCGUCCGCCCUGCCGCUGCGCACGUUCAUUCGCGACAGCACCUCAGCGUGGUCCACCUCGUCGUCGUCUUGGACAUCGUCGCCACCUUCUUUCUCUGCUGCGUCGUACGUCAAUUCGCAGGCGCCGCCGCCUCCUUCGCCGCAUCCUCUGCCAGCGCGCGUCUUCUCAUCGCCGUCGUCUUCCUCGUCGUCGUCGACGCACCCUUCGUAUUCGAAGAGCUUUUCGACAACCUCGUCGCUGUACACGUCGCACCACUUUGACACGCAGGCGUUUGCGCAGCGGCUCGAGGCGUCGGGCGUGUCGCGCGAGCAGGCGGACGUGCUGACGGAGGCGCUGCGCGACGUGAUCGACGAGAGCAUCACCAACCUCGCCAAGGGCCUCGUGACGCGCGAGGAAGGCGACCAGAACAACUACACGCAAAAGGUCGACUUUACGCGCCUCAAGUCCGAGCUGCAGCUGCUGGAACGCAACGACUUUGCGCUCAUGAAGAGCGAAAACGAACGCCUCAUGGCCGACGUCGAGAAGCUCAAGCAAAGGCUCAGGGAGGAGAUCACGCGCACCACGGCGGGUGUGAGACUCGAUCUCAACCUCGAAAAGGGCCGCAUUCGCGACGAGUCGGCCGUGCAUGCGCUCAAGAUCAAGGAGGUCGAUACGCGCAUCGAGUCCGAAAUCGCCGGUCUGAGGACAAGCAUCCAGAGCGCCAAGUUCAACGUACUCCAGUAUCUGGUCGGUGUGGCUACGGGUGCAGGUGCACUGCUGCUCGCGUAUCUCCGAAUGUUCCGCUAG